GUGCAAAUGUAAGAAAAGGCUUUCAGUUGAAUUCGGCGUGUAACAAUUGACCUGCAUAUCCUCUGCCAUCUCUCUCCCUCCAACUGGCGCUUCGCCGCUUCCAGCCAAUGCCGCUGCCAUAAUACUCCAUUCCAGCCCCAUCCAUAUUCGGUCUUUGACCUUCAAGUUCGUUAGAAACAAGUCGCGAACCUCAACAACACACGCUGGCCAUUUGAGAAUUCAGACUCAGGGCUACCUUGUUCACAUAUUUGACUUAUCCGGCUCCCACGUCACCAUGGCCCCCAGCAAAACGCGCACCCCUUCUCCAGCCGCACCCGCCUAUGUUACGGCCAUUGCCCCCUUCCCCGGUACCACAUUCGCCAAAUCUCACCCCACCACACUACUUCCCUCGCCAGCCGAGAUCAGAGCACGCAACAAAGCGACUGGCCAUCCCAAGGCAAAUAACCCCAACCGACCUCCGCCAGUCAGGGUCCCCGAGCUCGGGCUGCUCGUUAAGUAUGGGACCAAGGUCACACGGGCCGAGGUCGAGGCCCAGCGCUACGUCUAUCGGCAGCUACAGGGCCGCGUCCCAGUGCCUGAGGUUAUGGGCUGGGCCGAGGACGCCGGUCAGGGCUUCAUCUACAUGGCCCUGGUCAACGCCCCGACCCUGGCGGCGCGCUGGACCCGCCUGACAGAGCCUGAGAGGCAGGCCAUCUGCAGGGAGCUCAAGGGCAUGGUGCAGGCGUGGAGGGGUCUGAAGCAGGAUCCAAGAGAGGUUUACAUUGGAGCCGUUGGCAGACGGCCGCUCAACGACAUCAUCGUCAAAGAUGAAAGCCACCUCUACGGCCCCUGGCCAGGCAGCGGUGCGGUGCAAGCCUUUCAGGGUGCCUGCGACAUCGACAUCACGGGCCAGAUACCCAUCGUAUUCACUCACGGCGAUCUCGUCACCUGCAACAUCCUCGUGACGCAGGGGCCAAACCCAAGGGUCGCUGCCGUCAUCGACUGGGCCCAGGCUGGGUGGUAUCCGUCGUACUGGGAGUGGUGCAAAGCGAAAUGGGUUAUGAUGACUGACGACAACAUGGAUGACGCCACGCAGGAGCAAUGGCGGCAGCGCUACCUACCGCUGGUGGUCCAGCCGCUUCCCGACAAUACCGUCUACUACCCAUGGCUUCGGUUUUCGCUUGCUAAUUUGUAACCAUGAACCGGUACUGGGAAUAAUAUGCGUUGCAAUUAGUGGCUUCUAUUUGUCAGGUUGCGAGGAGUAGGAGGCUGUUUAUUAAUAGACCCGAAGUAAUAGGCCCCACGCUUAGGAGUUGUGAAAGUGAAACACAAGGCUAAACGCACGAAUUCAUGAACUGUUGGGUGACAGCUGAAUUCAGUGAGACUUGGUUCUAGAAUAUCAAACACACUGGGGUUGGUGGGAUCUUAUGCCGUCGGCCUCUUAGGUUUAGUGAUACCUCUCUGGCUCUCUCCCCAGGAGCUCUAUCAAGAAUAUUGUCCCCCUUUCAACCCCUACCAAACGCGUCAGCAAAGCAAGAUAG